CUGCAGCGGGCAAGUCAGUCAGUCGGUCACUCGUGUUUACAGUGGUCAGCUGAGCGGGGCGGGGAGCACACCUCAGCCUGCCCUGCACCUCAGCCAUGGAGCACAACGACAUAGACACCUGCAUAGAGGAAUGGGAGACCCUCAGCAACGAGUACAGGGCCCUGGAAAAAGCACACAAGGAGUACCGGCAGAAGCUCGACGAACUCACGCAACUCCAGACAAAAUGCAUGAAAGGCAUCGCACACCAACGCUAUCGCAUCAACGUCAUCAAACAGUCCCUUAAAAAAGACACCUUUACCCUUUCCACCGGCAGGCUAGACCACACCAACGACCCCGACAACCAUGAGCGGAAUGAACUCCUGCAGACCGAUCUCAUCCGGCGGAAGGCUCAGCUCUAUGACAUGGAGAACAACAUCCCCAAGCAGAGCGGCCUUUACCUUAAGAUCAUCCUCGGGAACAUCAACGUGUCCAUACUCAAUAAGGAGGAAAAGUACCGAUAUAAGGAUGAGUACGAGAAGUUCAAGCUCGUCAUUAAUCUAGUGGCCAUCGCCAUCUCCACCUUCAACCUCUUCACCAAUAUCAGGAUAGCGGACCUGCUGCACAUGUUCCUGCUGGUCUGGUACUACUGCACACUCACCAUCAGGGAAAGCAUCCUCAAGGUGAAUGGGUCUCGGAUCAAGGGGUGGUGGCGCGCACAUCACUUCAUAUCCACGGUUCUCUCAGGGAUCCUGCUCAUCUGGCCCAAUGGGGAGACUUACUAUGCCUUUAGGAGACAAUUCAUGCUGUUCAACAUCUACAUCAGCUUUGUCCAGUACCUGCUGUUCAUGUACCAGCGAGGGUGUCUGUACCGCCUCAAGGCCCUGGGUGAGCGCCACAACAUGGACAUCACCGUCGAGGGCUUCCACUUCUGGAUGUGGCGUGGGCUGGGCUUCAUCAUCCCCUUCCUGCUCAUCGGCUACGUCUGGGAGCUGUACAACGCCUACACGCUGUACCUGCUCUCUUUCAGCGACAGGGCGGAGUGGCAUGUUUACACGUUGGCAGCUCUCUUCUUCCUCCUCUUCCUGGGCAACACCCUCACCACCCUGUCGGUCAUCCCUCAGAAGAUCAAGGAGCGCAUGAAGUUCAAGUAUCGCUUCACGCGCCUCGACAAGUACAUCUGGACACACAAGAAGCGGCGGGUCUCCUUCAGGAACCCCGAGUCACCACAGAGACGCACGCCGGCCGCCCGAGCCGCGUCCUUCUCUCGCAAGCGACCGGGAAAGAGGGAGGAUGAGGCGCCAAUCACCAUCCCGGAGCAGACCACAACUGCCAACGCCAAAAUUGGGGGCAAUUCUAACGGCGAGGAGAGUGAAAACUUCAACGAGAUGCUGAGCGACAUCACCAAGGACAUCGACUUCCAAAAGGUUGACCAAGAGAACGAAGAAUCCGGAGUUGAGGAAAUGUCCAACGGCGAGAGCUCGAAGGAGGAAGCAAAGGAGGAAAAACAGAACAACGCCUCGGACCCGGAAGAAACCAAGAAGGAGAAAUAGUGAGGCGUCCGUUUGAUAAAUAAAACAUACACCCAUGGA